UCCAACAUAUAAUUAAAGCAAGCAAAAAUAAAAUGGCUUUCUCACGCCUUUCAUUUGCUGCUUCUCUCGUUCUCUUCUCAUCUCUAAUCAUAUCCUCAGUUGCUUAUUACGGUGACGAGGCAAACCCCGAGAACGGAAAAUUAAUUCCGGUCGCCGUUGAAGGUGUCAUCAUGUGCAAGUCCGGUGAUAAAUCUUACCCAAUUCAAGGUGCGACGGCAAGAGUUACAUGUGUGAAGACAGACGUAUAUGGGGAAGAGAUAGUUCCAGUCUCAAUGAUGAGCAGCAAAACUGAUGCUAAAGGUUACUUCUUUGCCACUUUAUUUCCUUCGCAGCUUCGUGAAGGAAGGAUGGUGACCAAGUGCAAAAUUUUCCUUCACAAAUCUCCAAUCGCUGGUUGCAAUUUCCCGACCGAUGUGAACAAAGGUGUGAAAGGACAGUCACUAAGCAAGUACCGUAUUCUUGAAGACAAGAGUUUCAAGCUUUACUGGGCUGGUCCUUUCUUCUUCACCUCUGAACCUACAUACUACUAAAUUGAUGAACAUGAUGUUUUCAGAAUCUUUUGUUUUCUUUGUUUUUAAUUGAUUUAUCAUUUUGUGAAAUACAUUCAUUUAUCUCUGUGCAAGUUAUAAUGUUUUACAGACUAUCUACAUUAUUACAUUUGUAUGUUCAU